AGCUCCUCCUACCCAGCCAAAUUUCAGCUGAGACUCAGCACCCUCCAGGUUUUCUGCUCUGUGUUUCACAAUGAGUCUUCCACAAAAGAUGCUGCUGCUGAGUCUGCUACCCCUUCUCUUACACAGAGCUUCUGCGCAGAUCACAGUGGACACGUGCUGCACGAGCGGAUAUGAAUGGGCAUCACAGAAGCAAGAGUGCAAGAACCUUCCUGUCAUCUCUGAGUCCAAACAAUGCAGGAUAACCCAAGAGCAAUGUUGUAUUAAUCAGCUGGAGGAACUGCACUGUGCCACUGGCAUCACCAUCGCCAAUGAGAAGGACUCCUGUGACAUCAAUGAGAAGGAAAAUGUUACCUGUGAAUCCAGGUUUGUGAAGAGAUGCUGCAACUGCUGCUUGCUGGGCAGGACGGCCCAAGCGCAGGGCCAGAGCUGUGAGCAGAGCUUGUUCCUGGGUUACCAGUGCAGCCUUGUCUUCCGGGCCUGUUGUGUCAAAGGUCAAGAUGGAGCCGAUGCGCCCAACCACGAUGAAGCUAACAACCCAACGAACUCCCAUGCUAAUGCUGACGACAUCUUGAUGGGCGAUCGAUGCAGAGGGGGCGGACCUUGCAAUCAUCAGUGCAGAGACACCGGCAGCAGUGUGGUCUGUUCAUGUUACGCUGGCUACAAACUCCAGCCAGAUGGUUUUACAUGUGAAGAUAUCAAUGAAUGUAUUUCCCAAACCCACAACUGUAAGGUUGGGCAGAUCUGUAUUAAUCAGGUGGGAUCUUUCCGCUGCCAGAGAGAGAUCAAUUGUGGCACAGGCUACGAACUUACUGAGGACAACAGCUGUAAAGAUAUUGAUGAAUGCUCAACAGGAACUCACAACUGUCUCCCCACCUUCAACUGCCAAAACACACCUGGCUCCUUCCGCUGCCGACCCAAGCUCCAGUGCAGUGCCGGCUUCAUACAGGAUGCACUUGGCAACUGCAUUGAUAUCAAUGAAUGUUUGAGCCUGAAUGCGCCAUGUUCUCCAGGCCAGACCUGUAUUAAUACUGAGGGCUCCUACACAUGUCAACGCCAUGUGGUCAACUGCGGGCGGGGAUACCACUUGAGUGCUGAUGGGACAAAGUGUGAAGAUAUGAAUGAGUGUUCCAGCAUUCAGAAUCCCUGCGGAGAAGGACACACAUGUUUGAAUGUUCCUGGAUCUUACCGGUGUGAUUGCCGCGCAGGAUUCCACUUUGACACCUUAAGCAGGUCAUGUGCUGAUAUCAAUGAGUGCCGUGGCUACUCCGGGCGUAUCUGUGCCCACAAGUGUGAAAACACAGCUGGCUCUUUCUACUGCAGCUGCACCACCGGAUUCCGGCUGGCUAGCGAUGGCAGAAACUGUGAAGAUGUGGAUGAAUGCCACAGCAACCCUUGCAGUCAGGAAUGUGCCAACGUUUAUGGUUCGUACCAGUGUUACUGCCGCCGGGGCUACCAAUUGAGUGAUGUGGAUGGGGUCACCUGUGAAGACAUUGAUGAAUGCGCUUUGCCAACUGGUGGCCACAUUUGUUCAUACCGCUGCAAUAAUAUUCCUGGUAGCUUCAGGUGUACCUGCCCUCUCACCGGAUACACGCUGGCGCCCAAUGGACGUAACUGUCAAGAUGUGGAUGAAUGUGUGACUGGAACGCACAACUGCACCGGAACUGAGACCUGCUUCAAUAUUCAGGGAGGGUUCAGAUGCUUGUCAUUUGAAUGCCCCAAGAAUUACCGCAAAGCCACUGAAACAUAUGACAGAGUGGAUACAAGCCGCUGCAUCAAAUCCUGUAGGCCGAAUGACGUUAGCUGUAUUAUGGAUCCGGUGCAUACAAUAUCCAACCCAAUCGUCUCCCUGCCCACCUUCCGGGAAUUCAACCAACCACAAGAUAUCAUCUUCCUCCGGGCUAUAACUCCAGCGUAUUCUGUAGGACCUAAGCCAGACAUUCAGUUUGCUAUAACAGAGGGCAAUCUGAGAGAUUCCUUUGACAUUCAGAAACGGUGGAUAGACGGAAUGACUGUUGGUGUGGUCCGUCAGAUUAAACCCAUUGUGGGUCCCUUCCACGCUACACUGAAACUGGAGAUGAACUAUGUGGUGGGCGGAGUCUUGUCUCAUCGCAACAUCGUCAAUGUCCACAUUUUCGUUUCUGAAUUUUGGUUCUGAGGGACGUUACAUCAGAAUCCCUAAUUUAACAUUAACACCAGUUACCUUACUCUGAUUUGUCAUAAUUAACAAAUCAUUUUCUAUGUGUUAAUACCAUUCUAUCUUCUUAUGAAGACAGUAGUGAGGGACGCUGUACGAUUUAGAAGAGAACCUGUAGUGUUGGAGACAACAGAGGAGGAGGGUAGGGACAAUAGCCAUGG